AUGGCACAAAUUUGUAACUCAUCCAUGGUGUUCUUUACCUGUAUUCUGCUCGCCAUUCUUGCUUCGAUCUCCGCUCACGGUCACCACAAACACAAUGGUCCUGCUCCUGCACCUGCCCCGGCAAAUUCACCCAGUCUUUCUUUUGUCCCUGCACCUGCUCCGACUCAGAAUGGCGGCGCUGCCUUGUCUGUACCUGGAAUUCUUAUCGGUGUCAUUCAAUCAUUUUCAAACCUUGCCUCCAAAGAGUGUUUAGAGUUAUUUAAGGUUUCUCCUAGUACUUACAGAGAAGUACAGCACAAUUUCGCGAAGGAAAACUCGAUUACUCUCAUCUCCAAGGGUAGUUUAUUUGAUGAAGUUACUCUAAAAUGGUGGUAUGAUGGGGUGUUCAAGAAAAAUAAGGUUGGAGUAGAGUAUGUGGGUGGUAUGUGUAAAACAAUUAGUGUAGACCCAGACAAAAUUUCUUGGUUUGAACUCAAAGGGAUUGUUGAGCAAGAUGUGGGUUACAAAUCUCCCUUUACCCUAUACUAUUUGCAUCCUACUUCUAUGGCUUUUGAGGAUGGGUUGAGGAAAAUCAAUGAUGAUGAAUCUGUGGGUGAAAUGGCUAAGGCUGUUAUUGAGUCUAAGGCAAUAGAUGUAUAUGUAGUGAAUAAUAUGGAUGAUGACAACCUCACUAAAUUACUAGGGAAAGCAACUAGGAACUUGGAUGGAGACAAUAGUUUAUUGGUUUCAAGGAAGAAAUUGACUCCUAGGAAGCCACAUAAGAGUAAGACUCGUGGUCCCCACAAAUUAACUAAGAAGCCUAACCCACCAUCCAUUUCAGAUGCUUUAAUUGAAUCUGAAAACCAAGUUGCUGUGCAAAGCAUUAACUCAGAUCUUCCUUCAACCUCUAUAUUAGAAAAUACUUGUAGAUUUAUCCCCAUUGAAAGUGGGCUUUCUGAAGAUGAGCUGAACUUUCAUAAUGAUUGGUUUGAGACUAUUCCUAGUCCUGAUGCAAAGUUAAAUGAGGCUAUUGAUGAAGUUAAUGGAGGUGAAGAUGAGGUACGUGAAGGAAGUGAUGAAGUUUUUGAAGAAGGUGAUGAUAGUGAAGAUCUGGACUAUAUUUUCCCAGAUGAGGAAGAUUGUGAAGGAGAUGAGUCACUGGAUCUUGUAUUAACUGAAGACUUGUCAGUGGAAGAGGAUGAUGGUGGUGUCCAAUCUAAUCUACAAAUUGGUGAGUACCCUCUAAAUGAUGUAUUUUCUGAUUAUGAAAAUAGUGAUGAUGAAACUGAAACACCUGUUGUAGUUCAUGAUAAGACUGAUUUUAGAAAGUUUAAAUGGUGUGUUGGAAUUGUGUUUGGUAAUUCUUUAGAAUUUAGACAAGCUGUUAUUAAAUAUGCUGUUGCUCAAGGUAGAAAUGUUACCAUAUGUGCGAGUGACAAAAAAAGAUUGCAAAGGCUUGGAGUAAGAUGUGUUAAGGGGUGUCCAUUUAAGAUUUUUGCUAGUUGGGAUAAGAGGACAGCUUCUUAUGUUGUAAAGACAGUUGAUGGUACACAUACAUGUCAGAGGAAUAUGGAUUCCAAUAGGCAGUUUAAAGCCGCUUGGUGUGCUGAGGAGUUACUUGACUUGUUCAAAAGCAGACCACACAUUCCAUCUUCAGAAAUUGUUGAAAUCGUUAGGAAAAAAUAUAGAAUAAUUAUUACUAGAGGCUUUGCUUAUAAGAUUAAAUAUGCUGCACAUAGAAAGUUGCAUGGUUCAAUGAAGCAACAUUAUUGCAAACUCAUGAGUUAUAUACAAGCUUUGAACAAUAGUAGCCCAAAUAGCCAAUUUUGUGUUGUCACCGAUGAGAAGACAAAGCCACCUACAUUCCAACGAUUGUUUGUGUGUUUUGAAGGUGUUAAGGAAGGUUGGAUUAAUGGAUGUAAGAGGGUUUUGUGCAUUGAUGGAUGUUUCAUCAAAACAUUCUUGGGUGGGAUGUUGCUUAGUGCAGUUGGAAGGGAUCCGAACGAGCAAAUGUAUCCAUUAGUAUGGGCUGUGGUUGAAGGUGAAAAUAAUGAUUCAUGGCAGUGGUUCCUUGCUGAGCUUAAAAAAUGUGUUCCACAUGCGAAUGGCACGGGAUGGACUAUCAUUUCAGAUGAACAUCCGAGUAUCUUAAGGGCUGUAAAGCUUGAACUACCAAAUGCCGAACAUAGGCAUUGUGCGAGGCAUAUAUACACCAAUUGGAACAAGUCUUUCAAGGGUGAAGAAAUGAAGUUAUUAUUUUGGAGGUGUGCAAAAGCUUACAAUGAAGCUGAUUUUUGCGAGGCAAUUAGUGAUAUGGAGAAGGUAAACCCUCUUGCUGUCGAGGCGUUUAAGCUUGCAAAUCCGCACCUGUUCUGUCGAGCUUAUGUGAAGGUGGAUUCCAAGUGUGAUGUGAUUUUGAGUAACAUGGCAGAAACGUUCAAUAAUUAUAUCAUGCACGCAAGAUCAAAACACUUGAUCGACAUGCUUGAUGACAUUAGGACUAUGUUAAUGAAGAGACUAGCUACGAAGAAGGAACAAUGUGCAACUAAAUGGAGUGGAGUUUUAUGUCCAAAAAUACAUGCUUUAUUAGACAAAGAGAAAGAAGAAGCUUCAAAUUGUACUGUACUGCCAUCAACACCUGCUGUUUUCCAAAUUGCUCAUCACAUUGAUGUUUUGCAAGUAGACAUCGAAAAAAGGUCGUGCACUUGUAGAAAAUGGGAUCUAAAAGGGAUACCUUGUUGCCAUGGUGUUGCUGCCAUAUGUUACUUGCAUAGAGACGUGGAGUCCUAUGUGGAUGAAUCUUACACAAAAGCUGCAUACAUAAGGGCUUACGGAGGAAGCAUAGCUCCUUGUGUAGGGGAGCGUUAUUGGCCCAAAGUUAAUGCGCCUAUUGAUCCACCUCUAAUAAAAAUUGGUCCUGGAAGACCAAGAAAGAGUAGAAUAAAAAGUCCUUAUGAAGACCCAAAGAAACCAGGGAAGCUCAGUAGACAUGGCAUGCAAAUGAGCUGCGGCAUUUGUAAAUCCACUACGCACAACAAACGAAAGUGCCCUGAAAAAGGCAAAUCCGUUGAAAAUGAAGAACCAACAUUGAAAAGAAGUAGAGGAAGACCAAGACAUGAAGCAAAUCCUACAACACCACAGUCACAACCAUCGCGCCCAUCCCAUCAUGAUUUAUCUGCAAAUCCAGGUGCAAUAGGAAGAGGUGGUAGAAGGAUUCAAACAGGUCAAGGAAGUAGAGGUGGUUCUGUGACUGGUAGUCGUAGUAAAGGAAGUACACAUGGUUCUGUUACUACCAUCGAAACAGUAAGUCAACGAGGAAAGGGUAGACCACGAAAAGAAAGUCAAUCCACACAAAAUAUUAUCUUAACUCAGGCAUCUGCAACAAACCAAUGA